AUGGCUCCCAGGCAACAAGGCAAAAAUAAAACCAAGAGGAUUCAGAAAAAGAAGCCCCAGAAGAAGGGUCAGCAGGCCAGAAAGAAACAGAAGAGGCUCCAGCCUAAGAAGCAGAAGAAGCGCCAGGCCACGAAGGUGGGGAGCAGGGCAGUGUUGAGUAGCUCUUCCCCACGGAUUUUUGCCGCCAAGAUCCUGCGGCACAUGCCAAAGGUGCGCAUGGAAAACAAGGCCAAGAGGCUGAUGAAAACGUUGCUGAUGGAUGUGUACGAGCACAUGUCGAAGGUGGUGGAGAACCAGAGCCAAAAUAAUGAGUCACCCACCAUCGACCCCAACACCGUGCAAACAGUCUUCCAGGAGGCCAUGACCAGGCAGCUGGCCGAGCAUUCAGCUGAGCCCGCCAGCAGCGAAACUCCUGCUGCAUAA